UAUAAAAGUAUUAUUUGAAAAAAGUUUUGUGUCAUUCCGAAACUUGGCUUUACUAGCAACCAAACAUGAAUAAGGGCAUUCGUCACUCCCUCUGGUGACAGACAAGAUCCAGUGGGCGUGUCCAACAAAGCCGGAAGGGGCAAGACAUUCGAAUUACUUUCUUCUAUGGCAGGGGUGGGAAACUAUGGCCCUUUUAUGAUUUGUGGACUUCAAUUCCCAGAAUUCCUGAGCCAGUUCCCCACCCCUGUUCUAUGGCAUCGGACACCUUAGCAACCGACCCGGCAGUAGAUCUGUGGCUACGUUCUAAUUUUAGUCUCUUUGUCACCUUGGUGACCGCUACGCCCGGCCAAUGAUGCUUCGUGCUCUUGGCUUUCCGCGUUCUCCUUUUCGCUGGAUGCGGGCCCAGACACUCCGAUGCCGCCUCGCUAUCACAGCCCGGGAAAGAAAGGGUCUCGCCAGCCGCGCCAUGAUGCCAGUGCCUCUCUCCUAUGCCAUUUGUGAUGGACCAUCAUCAGAUCCUCCACUUGUUUUCUUGCAUGGGCUGUUUGGAAGCAAAUCCAAUUUUUCAUCCCUCGUAAAAAAGUUAGUGCUCCAAACUGGUCGCAAGGUGCUAACAAUAGAUGCCCGCAACCAUGGGGAUAGUUCCCAUAGCCCCAUCAUGACCUAUGAAGCAAUGAGUGCUGACGUCCAUCUCAUUCUGAAACAGCUACAUCUCAGUAGGUGUGUCUUAAUUGGCCACAGCAUGGGCGGCAAGACAGCUAUGGUAUUCGCACUACAAUGGCCAGAACUGGUGGAGCGCUUAGUGUGUGUUGACAUCAGUCCUAGCCCAACAAAAGAUGUCAGUGGCUUUCAGGAGUUCAUUGCUGCCAUGAAAGCAGUGGAUAUCCCUAAAGGUAUUCCUCGUUCCACUGCACGUCGUAUGGCCGAAGAACAACUGCGCCCAACUAUUCAGGAGCCAACUAUCCUCUACUUUCUACUUACUAACCUAGUGAAUGCUGAGGACCAAUUUGUAUGGCGCGUGAAUCUAGAGGCCAUUUCACACCAUCUGAAUGACCUCAUGAGUUUUCCUGACUUCCAGACAUCUUAUUUAGGCCCUACUCUCUUUCUUGGGGGUUCCAAAUCUGGCUAUAUUAGUUCCAAUAACUACUCUGAGAUCAAGCGUCUCUUUCCUGAUGCUGAAAUCCAGCAUAUUCCCAAUGCAGGGCACUGGGUUCAUGCGGAUCAACCCCAAGAAUUCAUCACUGCCAUUUGCAACUUUCUUGCACUCCAUCCACUGUAAGAUUUCUGAACAGAUCUAUGCAAACUAUCCUCUCAAGAUUGGAAGUUUUCCCAUUGGACUUAGUGUUGUAUGUGGCUCAUGGUCUGAUUUCAAAAGCUCCAUGCGAGCGAUCCAUUCAGUGUUUGGUCAAAUUGUCAGUCCCUUCCCUGAUGAUCUGCUUCUUGGAAGACUUAGAAGUGGGAGUCAGAGCCAGAGAAUGAGAGACAAGAGAGAUGUUAGAAAACAGAAGUGUCAUAAAGCAAAACUGAGGAGUCUUAACCACUUUCGGCUCUGGCUCAACCAACCAUUUGCUCCAGUUCUGCCUUUCAAUGCAGACUCCACUUAAUGGAACAUGCCCUCAUAGCAUAUUAUAAAUGUGAUAAUCCACUUGUGGUUAACAGGGAACUCUGGUCUAUGUAUGUA